AAACCCUAACGCAUUCUCCUCCGGUUGCUCUCCUGCUUCUGCAACUCAUUGCCACAACCUUCUAUAGCAGGAGAAAGCAUACAACUCUCUCUCUCCUCCAAAUAUAUAGACACAAGCACAUAGGCGAUUCUUACCUUAACCUUUAUUGCUUCCUCUAUAAGAUCAUGCCUUCCAUAGCUCUAGCUAAUAACUCUUCAGAUUCCAAAGAUAAGAAAGAGAAGAAUAUGAAGAAGAACAUAGCUUUCAAAACUUCAGAGUCCGAGUCUGCAAAUCCCAGCAAGAAGAAGAAUUUGAUGGCCUCCGAGCCCGAAGAUGAAAUCUUCUCUGACAGGAAGCAGAAGAAGAAAGAUAAGAAGAAACGAAAAGCUGUAGACAUUCACUCUGAAGAUGAUGAGAGGAGCGAGACGAGCUCGGAGCUUGUCGAGCCAGUGAAUUUAAAGGUAGAGAAAACAAAAAAGAAGAAUAAGAAGGCAAAGGUCGAUGAAGAGGAGAAUGAGGAGGGAGAGGGAGAGGGAGAGGUAGCCAAGGCCGAGGAUCCUAACGCCAUCUCGAGGUUUCGCAUUUCUGGCCCCCUGAGAGAGAAGCUUAAGUCCAAAGGGAUCGAGUCAUUGUUCCCGAUUCAGGCCAAGACCUUCGAUGAUAUUCACAACGGCUCUGACUUGGUUGGUCGCGCACGGACUGGUCAGGGUAAAACUCUGGCUUUUGUGUUGCCUAUUUUGGAAUCUCUAACAAAUGGGCCUGCAAAUGCAUCAAGAAAGACAGGGAAUGGUAGGCCUCCAAGCGUUCUGGUUCUUCUACCCACCAGGGAAUUGGCCUGUCAGGUGUACAACGACUUCAAAGUUUAUGGUGAGACAUUGGGCUUGACAUCUUGCUGUUUAUAUGGAGGAGCUUCAUACCAUCCUCAAGAGAUGAGCUUAAAGAGAGGGGUGGAUAUAGUUGUUGGAACACCUGGCCGCAUAAAGGAUCACAUAGAGAGGGGCAAUAUUGACUUAAGUUUGCUGAAGUUCCGAGUCCUUGAUGAAGCUGAUGAAAUGUUGAGGAUGGGCUUUGUUGAAGAUGUUGAACUUAUUCUUGGAAAAGUCCAGGAUGUAAGCAAAGUUCAGACGCUUCUCUUCAGUGCCACGUUGCCAGAUUGGGUGAAACAUAUUUCUUCUAGAUUUCUUAAACCAACCAAGAAAACCAUAGAUCUUGUUGGUAAUGAGAAAAUGAAGGCUAGUACCAGUGUUAGGCAUAUUGUCCUUCCUUGUUUUACUUCAGCAAUACCUCAGCUUAUUCCUGACAUCAUUCGUUGUUAUAGCAGUGGAGGCCGAACAAUUAUUUUUACUGAGAAAAGAGAAUCUGCAAAUGAACUUGCUGGUUUGUUGCAUGGAGCAAGGGCUUUACAUGGGGAGAUACAACAGUCUCAACGUGAGGUCACCCUUUCUGGGUUCAGGUCAGGCAAGUUCAUGACAUUGGUAGCCACAAAUGUGGCUGCUCGGGGACUGGAUAUAAAUGAUGUUCAAUUAAUAAUCCAGUGUGAACCUCCUCGUGAUGUGGAAGCUUAUAUACAUCGAUCUGGACGCACAGGAAGAGCAGGCAAUACUGGAGUUGCUGUAAUGCUUUGUGAUCCAAGGAGGUCCAAUAUAUCAAAGAUUGAAAGAGAGUCUGGUGUCAAAUUUGAGCACAUUGCUGCCCCUCAGCCUGCUGAUAUUGCCAAAGCUGUUGGUGUGGAAGCAGCAGAAAAAAUAACUCAGGUUUCUGACAGUGUGGUUCCUGCAUUCAAGUCGGCAGCAGAGGAUCUGUUGAAUACCUCGGGUUUGUCAGCGGUAGAAUUACUUGCAAAAGCCCUUGCCAAGGCUGCUGGCUACACUGAGAUAAAGAGUAGAUCACUUCUAACAUCCAUGGAGAACCAUGUCACGUUGCUCCUUGAAGCUGGAAGACCCUUCUACACACCGUCAUUUGCUUUUGGCAUCCUGAGGAGAUUCUUACCUGAUGAUAAGAUUGAGUCAGUGAAGGGUAUGACGCUCACAGCUGAUGGGAAUGGUGCUGUAUUUGAUGUGCCUGCAGCAGAUCUGGACACAUUUCUUGCCGGUCAGGAAAAUGCAGCUAAUGUCCGCUUAGAGGUGUUGCAAGCAUUGCCUCCCUUGCAAGAAAGAGAUCAAUCAAGGGGAAGAUUUGGUGGUGGCGGUCGAGGUCGGGGUGACUUCAGUGAUAGAAAUGGUGGUGGUAGGUUCUCAGGGGGCAGAGGUGGCAGGGGCGGAGGAUUUUCUGAUAGAAGAAAUGGUAGGUUCUCUAAUGGCUUUGGCGGUGGGAAAGGUCGCAGCGGUGGGAAAAAAUGGUGAAGGACCUUGAUCAAUGGGAACAAAUUUCAAGGAGCCAAGGCCCUUAAUUUUGUCUCCACGGUUGAUAGUGAUUUAUAUAGCAUUGUUUUACAGCUACAGGAUGAAGCAUCUUUUGAUGAUGAAGAAAAUAUGCAUUUAUAGAGUCCGAAGGAUGUAAAGUCUGGAUUGGCUAACAUAGGAAUAUAUAUAUAUAUAUAUAUAUAUAUAUAUAUAUAUAUAUAUAUAUAAUUUUAUCCCUUUAUUUACUUUGAAAUUUAUUGGUUAUGCUAUGUGUUUGAUUUUGUGGGGAAUUUUACUGUCGCCCCAUUUUGUAUUGAAUUCUGUUGGAAGUUUAAUAUAUUAUAAGAUUAAAUUAUCUGAAUAAA